AUGGACGUGAAGUCGUGGCUUGGCUUUUGGCAUUGGGCACACAAUGGAUGCAAGCCGAACGGCAGCAUCACUCUGAAAGAAGAGGAAGAUGGACAGCGCACUCUUCACACAACUUUCAGCCCAGGUGUGGGCACCUGGUGGCCACAUGACCAGCAAGCUUCGUCUAUAGAACUCGAGUGGCGGUCAAAGGGUGGCAGCCUCGUCCGGCACACUCUCAAGGCAAACCCCACUGAGAUCAGAAUCGGCGCAGGCCUUUCCGGAUUUCGUGUCGUGGCACGUCACCGCCCAAGUUGCAGCACCCUGACGGAGGCUGGAGCGGCUGGCGGCAAGGACGGGGGUCUCUCCUGGGUACCCGACUCGCGGACGAUCCGGACAUGCGGCUGGCGCGAGAGGCUUGGCACGAGUGCCACGGCUCUUCGUGUCAGCUCGAAACUGACAUCGGCCAAGAAGUAUCUCUGUCACGAGGAUCCGCCGAACAGUGGAUUCUACGACUCUCUCUGCCCCAACUGCCGGCGUCCUUUGAACCUCGCACUCGGCGGGGAGCUGUUGACGGUAACCUCGCCACUCACGGAGGCAAAAAGCUACGAGUGCAAGGAGGGGGCUGAAGGCUACUGCAGCCCUUGCCCCACUUGCAGGAGGCCCAUAAGCAUCUCCAAGGUGUCUGGGCCUCUUCCCAGUCAGGCUCCCUUCUUCCAUCGACCUUCUGUCGGCACGUGGCUGCAGCCGCGCCCUGGCAAGGCUUUGGCUUCCAAGCGCUCAAGGUGUGCGUAUGCCACCCUGCUGUACGGCACUUCAGUGGAGUAUGUUCGUGACGCCCGGGUCUUGGGCUUCUCGCUGCGGAAGUCCGGAACCCCUCACGACCUGGUCCUUCUCCAUACGAGUGAUGUUCCGCCAGAGUAUCUGGAGAUUCUUGGAUGCCUUUGGACCCUGCGUCCUGUGGAUAGGAUCGAUGCUGCAAGCACUCUCUUCACACCUCACAGCCGCUUCCGUGGGGUCUUCACAAAGCUGCAUGCUUGGGGGCUCAUCGAGUACGAACGCAUCAUUCUCUUGGACCUGGACCUGCUGGUGCAAGAGAAUGUUGACAGCCUCUUCGAUUUGCAGCCACCGGCAGCAAUGUGGGCAGCAGGCGGACAAGUCCACGGACGACAUAUCGUCGCUCCUCAUCCCUUCAAGGGUUAUCACAACGUGGAGCCCUGGGGCAAGGCCGGCUGCGUCAACGCUGGUGUGAUUCUUCUGGAGCCGAAUCUCACCGAGUUCGGGGAUAUGAAACAGGAAGUGGAAUGCCGAGAGCAUCCCGAGCACAUCGUGACCACUUCACCUGAACAGGACUACCUCACACGGUUUUUCUGGCACACGCCCCACUGGACCCACAUUGAUGUGUCUUACAACUUCCAGCUGCAUCACCUGGCCCUGCGGCUGCCUGACAGCCAGAAGGAGUGUGAGCGCCGCCAGCUCCGGUUCGAAGACAUCCGCAUCCUCCAUUUCUCAGCCCACCCGAAACCCUCGCAGCGCGAACCCGACGUAUCGGUCGAGGCCUUCGUGGAACAGGCGAUGGCGAAGUACGAGGGUGUGCAAAUCUACGUCCGCCACGAUCCCGAAGCCAUCGAGAGGCGCAACCGCAGCGGCAAGUUCCCGAAGCUGGAGUUGCGCAGCUCGGGCUCGCUCUCUGAGACGGGCACGAGGCUCUUUGAGGAGUGCCGGGCUCUGGCGGAGGAGACCGAGAGCUCGGAGGGGGGGAAGGAUUUGUUCAAGGAAGUCACGGUUUCUUCCGGGGAGUUCCAGCGAGUCCGGGAGGUCUGCCUACGAUCCUUUCAGGCUUGGAGUGAGGCGGAGAAGCAGUGCAAAGAGCGCUUCGGAGCCCCGGAACUUUUGGAAUCCUUCCCGGCGAAGCUGGGGAGUCAGUUGCAGGGAACCUGUGUGGAAUGGAACCGUGCGAGAGGCAUGGGGUGGAUCCGGCCGGAUGAUGGGAGCAAGCUCAUCUUCGUGCACUUCAACGGCUUAGCGGAGACCCCGGGAGUGGGGCGAACGGGGCGAGCGCAGCUGGAAGAAGGACAGCUAGUCUCCUUUUCCGUCGGAUUGGAUGACAAGGGGCGCCGUACGGCAGUAGAUGUCAAGGCAUCGGAUGCACAGAUUGACCAGAGGCCUCUGGCAGAAGAGGGUCGGGAAGAAGGGUCGCAGCCAGCCUUUCAGGAGCGAGUUCGUGGAAAAUGCAAGGCCUGGGAGGUGCGGAAGAAGUAUGGAUUUGUUUCUUAUGUUGAUGGUGGCCAAGAGAAGGUGAUCUUCCUGCACCAGGAGGAUUUGCUGGUGGAUGCCAAGGAGUGCAAAGGAGUGCCUGCUUUGAAAGUUGGCCAAAUGGUGCAGUUCACACCCACCAAGGAAGAGAAGGAUCCGGCAAAGUUGAGGGCCAGGUUCGCGACUUGCACAGAAGACGACAACGAGCUUGUGUGCGAGGUCCAAGCCUUUGCUGCAUCGGAUGCUGGGACGAAACGCUUCCCUCCGGGGACGCCAUGGAGACGAAAGUUGCUACAUCAGGUGGCUGGUUCCUUGGGCUUCUUCACAAGAUCCGAAGGUGAGGAGCCAAAUCGCUGCGUUUGCAUUUCCAAGACCGAGGAAGAAGGUCCUGGCGACUCGCAGCAGAAGGUCUUGAGGCUCCAGGCUCGCAUCGAGGAGGUCGCAAAGAUGCAGGGCCAGAGCGAUUGGCAUUUCCUCCUCGGCGAUCUGACCGGCCACGAGCGGGAGCAGCUGAGCGACUUCUGCAAGCUGCGUGGUCUGCUUUUGUGCCGACGGGAGGCGCAGAAUGCCAAGCAAUGCCAGCAUUUUGUUUGUAGGGAGCCUGCAGCAGCUGUGCUGUUUACUUGUUAG